UUGUAAAUGUUGCUGAAUGGGUUUCAGUGUGGUCUACAGCAAGCACAACCUACCAGACCCUUUGUAAGAAAAUGUUAAGGGGAGGGAAGGAAGUAGCUAGCGGUUUGUGGGUGUUCUGCAGGGAAGAGCAUCUGCAUCGAGGACAUGCAGGAUUCAGCAGGAGACAAAAAUAUUACGAUAAUGUCCACAAAUACUGCUGUUGAGACAAGCUGCACUAAGCAGAAUCUCUCAAAGAGAAGCCUAGAACGCAUAGAGGAGAGUCCUGCGAAACGAAAAGCUAACUGGGGUAUUCUCACCAGCCAAGGUUCUUGGGCUGAUCGCUCACCACUGCAUGAAGCAGCAAGUCAGGGACGCCUGCUUUCACUAAAAACUUUAAUUGCACAGGGAUACAAUGUAAAUGCUCUAACCAUUGAUCAAGUGACUCCACUGCAUGAGGCAUGCUUAGGAGAUCAUGUAUGCUGUGCUAGAAUCCUUCUUGAAGCAGGAGCAAAUAUGAAUGCUACAACAAUUGACGGAGUGACACCCUUGUUCAAUGCAUGUUCAAGAGGAAGUACAUCUUGUGUUGAGCUUCUUUUGGAGUACGGUGCCAAAGCUCAGUGGGAGACAUGUCUCCCUUCUCCAACUCAUGAAGCAGUCAGCAGAGGUCAUAGUGAUUGUCUAGAGCUGCUGAUCUCUUGUGGCAUAGAUGUUGAUCAAGACAUUCCACACUUGGGAACACCUUUAUAUGUAGCUUGCAUUUCACAACAGAAACAAUGUGUCCGUAAGCUUCUACAUGCAGGUGCAAGUGUACAAAAAGGAAAGUUUUUGGAAACUCCAUUACAUGCAGCUGCAAGGCAAUCAAGUGCAGAAAUAAUAAACAUGCUUCUUGAGUUUGGGGCAGACAUAAAUGCCAAAAAUACAGAGUUUGAACGGCCUGUAGAUGUAGCUCCUCAACGCAGCUUGGUGGAAACAGUAUUGCUUCUACAUGAAGCUACUCCAUGUUCUCUUUGCCAACUGUGCAGACUACAUAUCCGAAAUUACAUAGGAAAAGCCAGGUUGCAUCUUGUACCCCAACUCCAGUUGCCAACUAUAUUGAAAGACUUCUUACAGUACAGAUAAAGUAGUAACUAGCCUGACAAACAUGUAUUUUAUUAUAUUGUUGUAAUUAAAAACGUACUAAAACUUAGAAUUAGCCAAAGGGAAUGUGUGAGUGUGUGAAUGAGCAAGAUCCUGAAGAGAAAAGGCUAAAGCGAGGCAUAGAGAGUCCAGUUCAUUCAUGAGCGGCAGUCUGCCUUCACACAGAAGAACAGGCUGAAGAUACACACAUCAGAGGAAAAGUAGUUUAUUACAACCUGCUAAGAGGCAGGCUGCUGGUAAACAGGAUAGUUUAGGGACAAACGAUAUGACCCUGAGAGAUAACCCUCUGAGGAAAGGCAUUGUUUUCUAAACUAUAAGACAGUUGGACCAUUUUGUGCCAGAUAAAUAACCCGAAGUGACAACAAAGAAAAUGUGAAGGGUGGUGGAUGCCUUGAGAAGCUGGAAAGUAUAAACAGAGCAGCUCAGCGCAUGGAUCAUUUGAGAGACGACCAACGUACCCCAGAGGUAGUGAUGCAUGCACCAGUUUCCUUGCCUCUGUCUACAGCUGCUGCUGAGACUGGCCAUCUCAACUUGUAAGCUUGCUGUGAGUAUGAAUAGGGACAUUAGGAACUUACCGUCAUACGUAAUUUAAAAUAAACUUUGAUAGAACCAUA